AUGCCCGAAGAGCCUCCUGUCACACUCUCCGGGCCCCUUGGGGGCGCGCUCGCCUCGGCCUCGGACGCCGAGAAAAACGCGAGAUUUGACACCUCAGGCAGAAACGGAAAUGCACCCCUGAAGCUGCGCAGCUGCGUAGUAUGCCGAAGUCGGAAAGUCCGCUGCGACAAGCGAGCGCCCUGUUCCAACUGCCGUCGCGCAAAUAUCGCCUGCGUGCGUCCACCAACAGACCGUCCGCCAAGAUGGGCUCGGCAUCUCGAUCGCCUCGAUAGUGCGGUAUCCAGCCUACAGGCCUCCCAGGAACCUGAACCAGUAGCAGAAGACGUGAUGGAGAGACUUCAUAACCUUGAAAGCCUUGUUCAAGAGCUCCGCAUUCAGCUGGAACAGGCCAAAUCAGUAGUAAACUCUGCGGCUGAAGGGUCGUCCGGGGUUGGUUCGCCCGAAGGCUCCGCUCAUGAUCGACAGUCGAACCCAUCUUCCAUUAAUACUACGAAUGUGCAAACUAAAUUUGGGAGACUGGUGCUUCAAGAUUCUAAUCGAAGCCGCUACGUAAGCAGUGGCUUCUGGUCUCGGGUCAAUGACGAGCUCGAUGGUCUCAAGGCAGAUGCUCGGGGUCUUCCAUUAGGAGAAUCUGAUACCUCGGAUGAUGAGGCAUCGCCGGAUAUGACCCCUUCCACGCAAGAACUAGACCGGACCCCUGCAGAGCGUCAUGGAUUUUUGUUUGGGCACAAUUUGAGUCCUUUUUCUCCUAAUCUCACAGACCUUCAUCCACUUCCAUCUCAAAUUCCCUUUCUUCUAGACGUGUUCUCUGAAAAUGUGAACAUCAUCUUUCAAAUCGUUCAUCUUCCUACUAUCAAGAACAUGGUUCGCGAUUGGCGCGCCCGUGAAAUGAAGGGACUCACACCGGCCAAUGAAGCUUUGAUGUUCGCUAUAUACUAUGCUGCCGUCACCUCGAUGGAAGAAGAAGAUAUAGCACUUAAUUUUGGAGCCACCAAAGCCGAGCUCAAUCUCAAAUAUCGCCAAGGACUCGAACAUGCUCUUGCAAGAGCUGAUUUUCUGAAUGUACCAGAUCUCGUCCUUGUGCAGGCAUUUGCCAUCUUUCUUACUCUUGCUCGCCGACAUGACAGUCCAAGAUUUGUGUGGAUGAUGACAGGACUGCUAAUCCGAAUGGGUCAAGCUCUGGGACUACAUCGUGAUGGAACUCAUUUCGACUAUCUCAGCCCAUUUGAGAUCGAGAUGCGGCGAAGAGUUUGGUGGGCCCUAUGCGUGCUGGAUGUGAGAUCAUCCGAGGAUCAAGGGACCGAUUACACAAUCACAAAAUCGAGCUUUGAUACUAAGAUACCUCUUAACCUCAAUGAAACCGACCUCGACCCUGAAUCAAAGGAAAUUCCCCAAGCUCGCGAUGCCCUGACUGAUAUGUCCGUUGCGCGCGUCACUUUUGGCAUGUGUGAACUCACGCGGCAGAUGAUGGCUCAUGGUUUCAAAGACGAAGCACCGAGCCUGGAAGAGCAAGGCCGCUUGUUGCAGCAGAUAUAUAAAGGUCUCGAACAGGACUUUCUUCAAUACUCAACCGACUCAGGGAACAUUAGAUACUGGGUGAUAGUUACGGUCGCUCGGCUUCUUAUGGCCAAGAUGACCCUGCUUAUCUACUUGCCUCUGUUGUUCUCCUCCCCGAAUGAAGACUUCUCGGAAGAGCUGAGAACAAAAUUACUGGUUUCUAGUAUCGAGGUCGCCGAGUACAAUCAUGCUCUGAACAAUGAGCACGCAUGCAGACACUGGCGCUGGGUUUUCCAGACCUACACCCAUUGGUACUCCAUUGUAUACAUGAUGCUAGAGAUCUCUCGACGCCCGUGGUCGCCUCUUUCUGAACGGGCCUGGGUAGCCCUUCAUAGUCCCUGGUUAAUACCGAAUCAAUCACACAUGGAAAGGAAUCUACGCAUCUGGAUCCCACUCCGAAAGCUGAUGGCCAAGGCUAGGAAGCAUCGUGAUUUGGAGUUUGAGCAGCUGAGAAACGACCCUCAAGCUGUCCAACGGCUGGAGCAGAACUAUUGCAUUGCCCCAAUCCCGUCGAGCACGGGGCCGUUUCCACCUGGUUCAAAUUCAGCAGAUCUCUUUCUUGACCAAUGGCGCCAGCUAGUGGCACACUCGGAUAAACCCAAACAUCACACACUCGCGCACGGGUUAGCCGCCAGCAAUCUGUCGAAUCCAACGAUGGGCAUUGCAAGCACAACCCAGUCAAAUGUGCAUCCUGAUCCCAAUCCAUCUCAAACGUUCUACCCAGCUUUCACCGCUGAGCCACGGUAUCUUGCCACAGAGGAACGACAGUUUGGUUACGAAGUGUCAAACAUUGAAUCUACCAGCUUCGAUACAGUAAUGGUGCCUAGUUCAGGAAUCAGACUUGGAACCGAGAAUCUUCCCGCUCCAUCAUACAGCCACUUCUCAAUGGCGUCGGCAGCUCAAUUUGACGGUCAACUUGCCACCCCGGCCGUUGUACCUUGGUUGUGGUCUGAGGAGGGCAUAUCGACCGAUUUGACCAGUACCCCAGGAGACCAAGCCGAUAGCAACAUGGGCAUGGAUGAGGAGGUGAAUUGGUACAAUUGGGCCGCGUCUGCGAAAGAUAUAGAGUGCGAUGGGGUUACAUAUAGCAGUCGACCUGCCACAUAG